GACGUAGCAGCGAACAAGUGCUGUAACUAAAGUGAGUUGUACAUGUGAUGGCGAGAUGACUCUGGGGACUCCAGUGAUCCUCUCAGCGAUACACAUUCUUACGAAACCUCUUGAAGCGUCUGCACAUGAUGCUCAGUCCUCACACCAAGAGGCUCUCCUGGCAGUGCUGCGGGCCAACAGGGCCCUUCUUCAUGAGCGGCUCCAGAGCGACAGCGUCUUUGAGGAGGUGAGGCGGCUCCGGGAGGAUGUGAUGGCGGCGGCGGGCUGGUUCGACAGCGACACGGAGGACGCCGCCUGGGGUUUUGUCCAGGAGUGUUUCCUCCUGCUCCUCACCUUAGUGCGGCACCUGUCAGCGGAACUCGAGCUUUUCCAGCACACCCCCGCUCCGUCUGCAUCGAGGCAGCGCACCCCGGAGAUGGCGCCACGUUUACCUCCCGAUGUCCUCGGCGUCGGGCAGCAGCAGACACUUGGAGCGGCCCUUCAGUUUGUGGUUUCUCUGGGGCUCUGCCCGUACCUGGCCACUGGAGUCGGUGUGCCACUGGGUCGCAGGUCAGCGUUCGGGGCCAUGGUGGACAAACUUAUCCGCGGCGGGCCAGCGCCAGCGGCUGGACGCCGGCUUUUCACCACCACAACCGUUCUAUUGCAGUUGGCGGAGCUGUCGUCGCUCGCCACAUUGGUGUUCACGCGGCACCUGGGAGACGUGUUGGCAGCGUUGUGCCAGCUCGGCUACCAGCCGUGCCGCACAGAGAGAAGCGGCACACAGGAGAGGAAGGAGCUCAGUGCUGAGGAAUGUCAAACUUGCAAGGAGGCGCUCAAAAGUCUUGUAGGAAAAGUCUACCAGCCAAUGAUGAUCAAGGAGCUGCUGAUCCUCCAAGGUGGACCCAAACAGUCCGGUGCAGGGGGAAGCUCCCGUGGUCCCAGCAGCAGGCCAGCCUCGGGAUCAGCUCCCACCUGGCUGAAGCGUCUGUGUGGUCAGCUGCUGUCUCAGCUCCUGAUGCAGCCGAAGGGUGUCCAGGCUGUAGUCAGAGCCAUCUUGGAGGGAGGAACAGGGGGCGACUCCGACUGGAGGAAAUGUGACUGUGUGGCCAGGAUCCUGGUGACCUGCCCUCAACAGUCUGCCUCAGCAGAUACCUACUACAGACAAGUCUGUCAUCAGAUCCUGGACCUCCUGCACUUCAAGGACAAGCUGACAGCCCAGCAGCACCAGCGUGUGGCCACCAGGGCGGUUCUGUUCAUGGUGCAGGGGAAGCCCGGCAUGGCCCAGCAGUACCUGCUCACUCCUCUGCUCCGACCGCUCCACUACUGCACCGCGGCUCCCAACGAGGGUCAUUUCCAAGCUGCCGUGGAGGAGUGGGAGCUCACGCGUUGCAUGGAUGACGUGUACAAGAUCUGGGUGGUCGGAAACAGUCCGUCAGCUCCUCUUCUCGAAGCUCUGGACCCGGUUCUCCCGGUGAUGUUCUCCCUCUUCUGUUUCACCAAGCAGAACGUCUCCCACCUCCGCGCCCCCUGUCAGGAGAUCUUGCUCUGGUACCUGAGGCACGCGGAGACGCCUGCGGCGCUCUCGGCACUGCAGCGGCUGUCGGGUCUGCGGGGACAGGAGAACGACGUGGCGGCAGACGUCCAUUUCACCCCGGGCAGCGACGGCGGAGCCCGACUGAGCCCCAGGGAGAGAUGCAGUGAAGAGGACGAUGCUCUCUAUGAGAAGCUGUCCGGGGAGCAGUGGAGGCUGGAGUGUCUUAUCCAUCUGUUGGCUGAGCUCAAAGACUGUGACCUGCCUGGAGACUUCUUCCUCGACCUGCUGCAGGAGCUGGCCGGCUGGGCCGCAGCAACAGAUGAAGACGAGGAAGACGAACCGGAGCUGUGCGUGUCAACGAUGACGCUCCUGGAGGUGGAGCGGCGGCUGCUCGCUCCAUCCUCGAGGCGAGGCCAGAGGCUCGCUCUGCUUCAGGUGUUGGCCGUCAUGGUGGAUUGUCUGCCGCAUACGGUGCUGCUGAGGAGGACCUCUCAGAUAGUGGACUUCUUGAUGUCCAUGCUCCAGAGGGCCCUCGUGGGUCUGGAUCAGGCCCCUGGUCCAAAUCUGGGAAACCCAGUAGAGAGCGAAACGCUGCGUAUGGGGAUGGGAGUUGUGGCUACUCUGCUGUCUGGACCUGAGAUCAGUGCAGAGGACUACUCUUCAAUGUCGAGACUGCUCCCACCACUGGAGUCGCUGUCUCAGAAGCAUCGUGACGUGGUCAUCCAGGAGCUGGCCACUGACCUCAGAGCUGUCAUUGCCUCUCACGGCGCCUACCGGCCUGAGGACUUCCCCGCUGUCGCGCCGCCCUCCGGAAACCCCGAGACGACAGUCAAGAACAACGGCGUGCCUUCGAGGGAAAAGCCGGAUAUGCAAACCGAAGCCAACGCCUCAGCGAUAAGUCCUCCAUCAUCCCGACCAGACGGUAAUUCGCCUAGCAACAGACAUCCAGCGUCCUCUGGAAGGUCUGCAGCGAGGCUCAGUCCAAAAGCUGGAACCUCUGGCACCAGGAGCCUAAACCCUCCGACCAAGCCCUUGUCUGAUUGGCUGCUCGAGGCCUGUGACCCGGAGGUGCCAACUAGAGCGUACGCCCUGAGGGUCCUGACCCAGAUGGUGCAGAACAAAAACCCAGAGGCGGUCCAGGCCCAGGAAAAGGUCCUUGUGCUCUUUUUAGAAAACCUCGAGCAUGACGACUCAUUCGUCUACCUGUCGGCCAUUCAAGGUCUGUUUGCAUUGGCGGAUUCAUACCCCGAGAGGAUUCUGGAACUGCUCCUGAAGGACUUCCAACAUGGACCGUCCCUCCCCACAUCCAACACGGAGCGCUCCCUGGAAUCUCGCCUCAAAGUGGGAGAAGUCCUGAUGAGGGCGAGCAGGGCUAUGGGAGAACUGGCGGCCCACCUUGGCCGUCCUCUGAUCGUGGUCUUCCUGCGAGGAACCAGGGACCCGGACCAAAGUGUCCGGGCCAGCAGUCUGUCCAAUCUGGGGGAGCUCUGUCAGAAACUGGACUACACCCUGGGACCGCUGGCCCAAGAGCUCAGCUCGUGUCUGACUGCCCUGAUCAAGACGGAGAAGGAGGCCGAGGUGAGGAGAGCUGCCGUCCACGUCAUCACCCUGCUGCUCCGAGGCCUCGGCGACAAAACCACCCAGGUUCUCGGUGAUGUUCUGUUGGACCUGUACCGAGCUCUAAAGUGGGUGGUCCGCUCGGACCCGGAUGACGUUGCCGUGCUCCACGCCCAGCUGGCUCUGGAGGAGAUUGAUGACGUCAUGAGGAAGUUCAUCUUCCCGGAGCAGAAGCUGGAGAAGAAGAUUGUUGUCCUGCCAUAGACUUUAUGGACCGGUUCUGCCUCCAUGUGAUGUGGACUUUAUGGUAGCGCUGGACGUUUCAGAGCUACGGGACAACACCGCUGUGACAGCACUGUCUUUCCUUAAAAAGAAAAGAACAGUAACCGUAUCUACCGUCAUGUUCUGCUGUACAACUAAUAGUCCACUACCAAAAUAAAAAAUAUUGCUCUGAAUUUGAA